UUUUUUUCUUUUCAUUUUCCAUUUCUUUUUUCAGGCUUUUAAUUUCUUGAUUACAAUCACCAAAGUUUCCUCCUCUUUCCCUCACACUUUUACCAUUCUGUACUUUCUCUUUCUCACUUUCCUGCACUGCACAACCCUCCUUUCCUUUUUGGCUGAAGCUUUCUUUGUUGAGGUGGGCUUUUCGUUUAUUGACUAAAGUUCACCACUUUCAGUCUUUCAACAUCCUCACUUGAUUUUGCUUAUUUGAAAAGCUGCUUGAUUUCACAAUUAGGUGCCUUUCUUUUCUCACGUCAUUCUCGAUUUCUCAUUACUAUUUUCUUUUUUUCUACUGGCAGUGUAAUAUUUUGAUUUAUCUUGCAAUAAUGGCACUCCCUUAACACACAACACUCUCCUUAACCUUUCUUCUGUUACAGUUCCAUUGAGCUAUAUUUGCAGAUUUGGGCGUUUUUGCGUUAUACUAUGCGAGACUUAUAAUUUCUUUUUUCAGAAAUCGAAGCUAGAAAGAUAAGAGCAAAAAAAUGGCAGGAGGUGGAGGUUCAGCAAAGGCAGAUGAACCAGCGCCACACCCACCAAAAGAUCAGCUCCCAAACGUUUCUUACUGCAUUACAAGCCCUCCUCCAUGGCCUGAAGCUAUCCUUCUCGGAUUUCAACACUAUCUCGUGAUGCUGGGGACUACCGUCAUCAUACCCACUGCCCUCGUUCCUCAAAUGGGAGGAGGAAAUGAGGAGAAAGCUAAGGUUAUUCAGACUCUAUUGUUUGUUGCUGGUUUGAACACCCUUUUGCAGACAUGGUUUGGAACUAGAUUGCCUGCCGUGAUUGGGGGUUCAUACACAUUUGUUGCACCCACAAUUUCGAUUAUCUUGUCCGGUAGAUGGAGUGAUCCGGAUCCCACAUCGAGGUUCAAGAAGAUAAUGAGGGCCAGCCAAGGUGCACUUAUUGUGGCAUCAACCAUUCAAAUUGUGCUCGGUUUCAGUGGCCUGUGGCGUAAUGUUGCAAGAUUUCUGAGUCCACUUUCAGCUGUUCCAUUGGUUGCUCUUGCUGGCUUUGGGCUUUAUGAGUUCGGGUUUCCUGGGGUUGCCAAAUGCAUUGAAAUUGGGUUGCCACAGCUUAUCCUCCUGGUUCUGUUCUCUCAGUAUUUGGCUCACCUGAUACGCCCCGGGAAGAAUAUCUUUGACCGUUUUGCUGUUAUAUUUACUGUUGUGAUUGUGUGGAUUUACGCCCAUCUUCUUACUGUUGGUGGGGCCUACAAUGGAAAGCCUCCAAAGACUCAGACAAGCUGUAGAACUGAUCGUUCAGGUCUUAUAAAUGCCGCUCCAUGGAUUAGAGUUCCUUACCCUUUCCAAUGGGGCGCUCCCUCUUUCGAUGCUGGUGAAGCCUUUGCCAUGAUGAUGGCUGCAUUUGUCUCUCUUAUUGAGUCGACUGGUGGCUUUAUUGCUGUGUCCCGAUAUGCUAGUGCAACCCCAUUGCCCCCAUCUAUUCUGAGCCGUGGUAUAGGCUGGCAGGGUAUUGCCAUCCUUAUGUCUGGUUUGUUUGGGACAGCUAAUGGAUCAUCCGUAUCCAUUGAAAAUGCGGGGCUUUUGGCACUUACCCGUGUUGGCAGUCGAAGAGUCGUGCAAAUAUCAGCCGGAUUCAUGCUUUUCUUUUCUUUUCUCGGGAAAUUUGGUGCUGUCUUUGCUUCAAUUCCAGCUCCAAUUUUUGGCGCUUUGUAUUGCCUCUUCUUUGCAUAUGUUGGUGCUUCGGGCUUGAGUUUUCUCCAAUUCUGUAACUUGAACAGCUUCCGAACAAAGUUCAUAUUGGGCUUUUCGAUUUUCCUGGGCUUGUCCGUGCCUCAAUACUUCAACGAAUACACUGCUAUUCAAGGAUAUGGGCCUGUCCACACGUCCGGCAGAUGGUUCAACGACAUCAUCAAUGUCCCAUUUUCCUCGGAGGCUUUUGUUGCGGCUAUAGUGGCGUUUUUCUUGGACAACACAAUGCACAAAAAGGAUGGUCAGAUAAGGAAAGAUAGGGGCAAGCAUUGGUGGGAUAAGUUUCGCUCUUUCAAAACCGACACAAGGAGUGAGGAAUUUUACUCUCUUCCAUUUAAUCUCAACAAAUAUUUCCCUUCCGUGUAAUGCGUAACAGUACAAAAUCUUCGUGUUUUUUUUGGAAGAAAGAAGAAGGGCUUUGUUCGUUCUUUUUGUCGCUCGCAUUUUUGCGUGUUAAGCUCGUCUAAGUAGAAGCGAAGGACUGUAUUGUGCCAUUGUUACUAUAUAUGGCUUUGUAGUAGAAGCAUAUAUAAAUAGCUCUUAUUCGCAAUUUGGAAGAUUCUUUAGAUUUAUGUGAUUCUGUUUUGCUGUAAAUUUAAUGGUAACUUAUGGAGUAGCAUGAGUUAAAUUGAUUCUUGAAGUUCAUGUUUUUUUUCUUCUUGAGCUCGUAUUCCCUCACUAUAUAUUAAUUAAUAUAUAUUAAUGCAGAGUUUCUUGA